AUGAGUGACUCUGCGGAAUCCAUUAAGGUUUUAGAAGAAUUAUUCAGCAAGUUAUCUGUUGCUACUGCUGAAAACAGAAGCGAGGUUGCUACUGAAAUCUCUACCUUUUUAAACGGUAACAUUAUUGAACAUGAUGUUCCAGAACAUUUCUUCAAAGAAUUAGCCAAAGCUGUCAAGAACAAAAAGACUGCUGCUAAUGCUUUAGAGGCUAUUGCUCAAAUUGCUAGUGAAUCUAACUUGUCUCCAAGUGUUGAGCCAUACGUUGUUGAAUUCACUCCAGAAAUUUGUACUGCUGCUGGUAACAAGGACAAGGAAACUCAAGAAACUGCCGCUAAGGCCUUGCUUGCUUUGGCCAAGGCUAUUGAUCCAAACUCUGUCAAGAUCUUCUUACCACACUUGACAAAGUCUUUGUCCGAAACUAACAAAUGGCAAGAAAAGGUUGCUGUUUUGGCCGCCAUCUCCGCUUUGGUUGACUCUGCUAAAACCCAAAUUGCUUUGAGAAUGCCAGAAUUGAUUCCAGUUUUAUCUGAAGCCAUGUGGGAUACCAAGAAGGAAGUUAAGCAAGCUGCUACUGCCACCAUGACCAAAUCUACCGAGACAGUUGAUAACAAGGAUAUCGACAAGUUUAUCCCACAAUUGAUUCAAUGUAUUGCCAAGCCAACUGAAGUUCCAGAAACUGUUCAUUUGUUGGGUGCCACCACUUUUGUCGCCGAAGUCACUCCAGCAACUUUGUCUAUCAUGGUUCCAUUGUUGUCUAGAGGUUUGACCGAAAGAGACACUCCAAUCAAACGUAAGGCUGCUGUUAUUAUUGACAACAUGUGUAAGUUGGUUGAUGAUCCACAAGUUGUUGCUCCAUUUUUGGGUAAGUUGUUACCAGGUUUGAAGGGGAACUUUGCUACCAUUGCUGACCCAGAAGCCCGUGAAGUUACCUUGAGAGCUUUGAAGACCUUGAAAAGAGUUGGUAACGUUAGUGAAGAUGACAAAUUGCCUGAAGUUUCCCAUGCUGGUGAUAUCGAAACAACCAGAGGUGUCUUGGACAACUUGUUGAAGGGUAAGAAUGUCCACAAGAGAUUUGAACCAGUCUUGAACUAUGUUGCUGCUAUUGGUGGUGAUUUGAUUGAUGAAAGAAUUAUUGAUCAACAAGCUUGGUUCACUCACAUUUUGCCAUACAUGACCAUCUUUUUGCACGAAAAGGAUGCCAAGGAAAUCUUGGAUGAUUUCAGAAAGUUGGCUGUUGACAACAUUCCAGUUGGUCCAAGUUUCGACGAUGAAGAAGAUGAAGGUGAAGAUUUAUGUAACUGUGAAUUUUCUUUGGCUUACGGUGCUAAGAUCUUGUUGAACAAGACCCAAUUGAGAUUGAAGAGAAACAGAAGAUAUGGUUUGUGUGGUCCAAACGGUGCUGGUAAAUCUACUUUGAUGAGAGCCAUCGCCAACGGUCAAGUUGACGGAUUCCCAACCCAAGAAGAAUGUAAAACUGUCUACGUUGAGCACGAUAUUGAUGGUACUCAUGCUGACACCCCAGUUGUUGACUUUGUGUUUGCUGGUAACGUUGGUACCAAGGAAGAUAUUACUGCCAAGUUGAAGGAGUUUGGUUUCAGUGACGAAAUGUGUCAAAUGCCAAUCUCUGCUUUGUCUGGUGGUUGGAAGAUGAAGUUGGCCUUGGCUAGAGCUGUUUUGAGAAACGCUGAUAUUUUGUUGUUGGAUGAACCAACUAACCAUUUGGAUACUGUUAAUGUUGCUUGGUUGGUUAACUACUUGAACACCUGUGGUAUCACCUCCAUUGUUGUUUCCCACGACUCUGGCUUCUUGGACAAGAUUUGUCAAUACAUUAUUCACUACGAAGGUUUGAAGUUGAGAAAAUACAAGGGUAACUUGUCUGAAUUUGUUAAGAAGUGUCCAACUGCUCAAUCUUAUUACGAAUUAGGUGCCUCUGACUUGGAAUUUAAAUUCCCAGAACCAGGUUACUUGGAAGGUGUUAAGACCAAGCAAAAGGCCAUUGUCAAAGUCUCCAACAUGACUUUCCAAUAUCCAAACACCACUAAACCACAAAUAUCUGAUGUUUCUUUCCAAUGUUCCUUAUCUUCUAGAAUUGCUGUCAUUGGUCCAAACGGUGCCGGUAAGUCUACUUUGAUUAAUGUUUUGACUGGUGAAUUGUUACCAACCACUGGUGAAGUUUACAUUCAUGAAAACUGUAGAAUUGCUUACAUUAAGCAACAUGCCUUUGCCCAUAUCGAAAACCACUUGGACAAGACCCCAUCUGAAUAUAUCCAAUGGAGAUUCCAAACUGGUGAAGAUAGAGAAACUAUGGACAGAGCCAACAGACAAAUCACUGACGAUGAUAAGCAAGGUAUGCUGAAGAUUUUCAAGAUUGAAGGUACUCCAAGAAGAAUUGCUGAAAUUCACGCCAGAAGAAAGUUCAAGAACACUUAUGAAUAUGAAUGUUCCUUCUUGUUGGGUGAAAACAUCGGUAUGAAAUCUGAAAGAUGGACACCAAUGUCUUCUGUUGACAAUGCUUGGAUUCCAAGAGGUGAAUUGGUUGAAACACAUGCCAAGAUGGUUGCUGAAGUUGAUAUGAAGGAAGCUUUGGCUUCUGGUCAAUUCAGAGCUUUGACCAGAAAGGAAAUUGAAACUCACUGUUCUAUGCUGGGUUUGGAUACCGAAUUAGUUUCCCAUUCUAGAAUUAGAGGUUUGUCUGGUGGUCAAAAGGUUAAAUUAGUUUUGGCUGCUGGUACUUGGUUGAGACCACAUUUGAUUGUUUUGGAUGAACCAACCAAUUAUUUGGAUAGAGAUUCUUUAGGUGCUUUGUCUAAGGCUUUGAAGGCUUUUGAAGGUGGUGUUAUUAUCAUUACUCACUCUGCUGAAUUUACCAAGAAUUUGACUGAAGAAGUCUGGGCUGUUAAGGAUGGUAAAAUGACUCCAUCUGGUCAUAACUGGGUUGCUGGUCAAGGUUCUGGUCCAAGAAUCGAAAAGAAAGAAGCUGAAGGUGAUCAAUUUGAUGCUAUGGGUAACAAGAUUGCUACUAAGUCUAAGAAGAAGAAGUUGUCUUCUGCUGAGUUGAGAAAGAAGAAGAAGGAAAGAAUGAAGAAGAAGAAGGAAUUGGGUGAUGCUUAUGUUUCUUCUGAUGAAGAUUUCUAG